AUGUUGGAAAUGGCAUAAUUGUAAACAUUGCCCUGUUAGUGGUAGUGUCUUGCAUAACAAUGAAAUUAUAAUAUAUUAUAAAAAUUUAUUUUCAAAAAAGACAAAUAUUUUUUUAAUUUUUUGCAUUUUAGUCUGAGGGUUUAAGAUGGCUGCGGAGAAAAAAGCAGAAGAUCCAGUUAAGCAAAUGUUAAAAGCUCACAAAAUGCUAAGUGAAAGGAUCAGAAGAGAAGAGAAGUAUUGGAAGAUAGUAGAACAUUUCAACCCUCCACUGACAUUGUCGUACGUGGCGCCCAAGUUCUACUCGCGCCACCAGGCACAGGAGCAGGAUGCCGCCGUGGUGGCAGAGUUCGAGCGCGCGCUGGCGGUGCGGGCUGAAAACGGCCCGCGGGAGUCCCUGGAGGAGCCCGUCCUCACCAGCCAAGAGUACGGGUGGUACAGCGGGCCGCUGGUGAGCACGGACCGGAAUGACGCGCGCCUGUACUUCCCCACGCACAUCACGGAACACACCCGGCACGAGCUGCUGCUCCAGAGGGCAGACCAACUGGCGCGCGAGGCAGAGAACCGCGAACGGGGCAAGAGGUGACGCCUCUCCACCGCUGGCGUCGGUUCCCUCCUGAAACUUGGACGACUGUUCAUUCAUCCGUCGUGCAUUUACAGCAACUCUAGCUUCUCAAGCAUCAUCCAUGGGAAACCCCCCUAAUCCCUAGAAAAAUAAACAUAUCAGAAGAUGAAAAACAUCUAAUGUAAAAAUUACAAGUUUUUCACGAGGUUGAAAAAUUUUUAUCUAAAAACACCUCAUUCUAAUAUCAGCCUGGCCGUCCUGAUAUCAGUUCCCGAAUUAUACUCCUGGUUCAUUACUGUAAGCCACGGCUGUGACAGUUCUGUGGAUUUCAUCAAUCUCAAAUGACCUCGCCCUCAGCAAGACGUUAAGCCGAAGUUUUUAAAAAAAUUUUCGAACUCUUUGCAAGGGCGUUUGUCUGGCUCUAGGUGGUAGUUGUACCAACAGCCAUUAUCAUACAUAUUUACUGCCAAGUUGUUUCCCUGAGAUUUUGAACAUGGAGAUCGAAACAUCACCAAAAAAUUUGCAUACUAGGCAUUGCAUCUGAAACAAUGAUUUUCUUGUCUAUUUUCAUGAUUUACAUUAACAAUAUUCGUUGCAAACAGCAGGAUGAAUUUUCUGCCAUUUGAGCCUAGGUCACCCGUAUAAAUUUAAAAAAAAAAUAUGAGAGAGGCCAAGAAAUUUAAAACUCAAGCAGAGUCAAGCGAGCGGCUACAACUCGACUCGGCUCUAAAAUAGUGUUCAAUGCACCUAAUCGACAAGUCGAGACUCUAUGACAGUUUUCUUCAAUCUCAAUAUAUAUAUUUGACAUGGUCAAUAAACACAAAAUCACUUACCAUUUUUCAUAUUCAACAAACACUUCAGAGCAUAAUCUUGCAUUAAUGCUUUUGCAAUUUUUCUCUAAGAAUGGUUAAUUUUUCCCUAUAACACUACUUGAAAAAAAAUAUAUCUAGACCUAUGUAUUUGCAAACAAAAUUUGAAAAGAAAAUAUAUUAAAAUGUAGGAAUUUUUUAUUUUACUACAGCUGUAAUUUGUAGUAUCAUUCUGCAAAUACACAAAAAGUGGUACAGCUAGCAUUUUCAUAGGUUUGAAUGUCCAGUCAAAAUAGUUGACAGGCAUAUUUUUGCUAUAAUAAGCAUUCUUAAGUUUUUUAUACUUAGCCAAUGCAUUUUUUAAUAUGUCAAAUGUGGUUUAAAAUGUCAAAGUAUUGCCCAUUUAGAAGUAGACAGUCAGUCGUUACUAACCAAAAAAUGGCAGAAUUAAAAAUGAUACUGAUAAAA